AUGUCCGACGUGAUUGAUAAGUUCGGCGGCAUUGUCAUCGAGUUCAUCGGUGAUGCCAUCUAUGCGGUCUUCGGCGCACCAGUACGAAACCGGGAGCAUGCAGAGGCAGGUGUGAACGCCAUGCUGAAGAUGCUCAAGACAGUACAGCGCAUCAACCAGUGGGCGAAGCACCGACUUCUUCCAGAGGUCAGCAUCCGCUGCGGCGUGCAUUCUGGCCCUGUGCAAGUCGGAAAUAUGGGCUUUCACUCGCGGCUCAAGUACGGAGUCAUGGGUUCCGGUGCAGAGAUUCCUUCCAAGUUGGAGGAGAUGAACAAGACCUACGGCACCCAUAAUCUCAUCUCUGAGUCGACCUUCCACAAGCUUCCUCCGGAUGGGUAUGUGAUGAGACCCAUAGACUUUGUGGACAUGUCGCAUGGUGCAGCUGAUCCGGAGCCAGUGUACGAGGUCAUGAGCCAAAUCGCAAACAGCAGCUCUCCAAGUACCAGGUCGUCGAGGCGUGACACACUGGCACGAAAGUAUGAGACUGCCCUGGACAUGUACACGGAGAAGAGGUUCGCCAAGGCUGCAGCGCAGUUCAGAGAGGUUAGCACCAGCAUGGGCCAGACAUUUGGGAUCUACGACAAGCCCUCCGUUCUGAUGAGAAAGCGGGCCGCCUACUACAUGCAACAUCCUCCACCGGAGGGUUGGAAAGGAGUUUGGACGCGGACCCGGGAACCUGAUGAGACCGAUGGAGUCGAGGAUGAGGUCGUCUAUGUCUGCGUUUGA